CUUUGGACGAAACUUUAUCAAAAAGGAUGAGUCAGGAUUUGAACUCAAAGCGCUGCGAGUUGAAACAAAUAGCGUGAUGCAGUAAAUCCAACGUUCUAAGUACUAACGGGUUUGAAUCAAUACAGAAUAGUGAAUCGCAACAAAAAUUUAGUUUGUAUAGUAGUUCGAAUGAAGACUUCAUGUGAGAAAUGUUGUAAUCGUGGCUCGAGGAAAGUGAUACCCUGCGACUCUGGCUGCAUGGAAGAAUGGAAGAGCAUGCAGACAAUGUGGACGAAGCAUCGUCAUUAGAACUCAUUGUGUCCGAUAAAAACAAACCGUUUUCUACUGAUGAUGACGCAUAUCAACAGCUCAAAUCUGUUUACAUCGGGCAGUCAAUUGAUGUAUUCGUAUUAGUUAAGUAUUGUCCUGAGCGCGAUAAGUACUCGGAUUUAGAAUCUUGGCGCUCUCGAAUAUGUCAACUCGGCGUGCACGGUUGUCUGACCCCUGCCCCGGAGACUGAAAGAAACAAUGAUGAAUGCCGACUUACGAGCAAAGAACCUUCUGUUGAUCAUAGCUGGCACUUUGGCGAAUGUAAAAUUUGCCUCAGUUUUACUGAGGGAUCUGAUUCCAGAACAGUGUCUCACUUCCAUCUGAAAGAAAAACCUUACUUUUCUAAAGGUAACAUCUAUGUAAUUCCUCUGAACCUAAGUCUCACCUCUGUACCAGGUGGUUGCAAGCAAGUGUUGCUCUCAGUAGCCGUCUGGCUCUCUAAGACACCAACUCCAACAGAAUGGAUGGCACUUGAAAAGGAUUUCUGCCUUAGUCCUGAUUCAUCUACAGGACUUCCUCCUACUCCAAAGACUGUUACAAAGCAAUCUUUAAGUUGUCUUCUGAACCUAAUCCAACCUCCGAAACUGAAGUGUCAUCUGGCUCAGGCUGCAGGCAAGCAAUUCAUUCUGUUGGAAGUGCACAACUCUACAUAUGAAGAUGUUACCAUAUCUAAUUGUUGGGUGUUACCAAGUUCCUGUCACUGGGCUACACGAAGUCCAACAGAACCCUUAUGUGAACACAACAGCAAAGAAUGUGAAAGUGACCAACAUAGUCAAAAAGUCUCUUUACUUAAAACCGACAACUCUACAUUUCCGCUGUAUUUAAGUCCAGGAGAAGUACUCUCCCUUGUAUUUACUGUACAACAAAAAGAACUGGAGGGUCCAAAUAUGAUGUUUUCUCUGGCAGCACACAUCAGUUGGUGUAGUCAGCAAGCUAAACUAAUGGAUGAGCCCAAAACAGUUACCACUUACAGCCUUCCAAACAUCAAACUUCAUCAUCCACCAUUUGUUGUUUCUGUUUCUUGUAAAGAUGAAAUUACUGUUGGUCGCAGUUUCAAUGUUCUCUACACCAUUUCAAACAAAUUGCAAGAUUUUCUGGCUCUUCGCCUCUACUGGAACCCCACACCUUCAUCCAGCAUUGUAGAAACAAAGGAAGGCUAUAUAAAUAUUAAAGCACCCAAGCAUAAUGUUAUGAACUCUAUCAUAUGUCAAGAUCCAGAUGUACUUCUUGGGUCCUGUCCAAAAGGCUCAACUAUGACAGCCAAUGUUCGAUUUCAGGUAUUACAUCCUGGUUUAUUUGAACUUGGCCAGCAUAUGAAACUAAAUUUGAGAUAUGCUUUACCUUCGUCCACUGAAUCUCGACAACAUGAAAUCAGCAGCCCAACUGAUUCAAUGUCUACACUCUCUCCUGAUGAGCAACUAAUGGCAUCUGAAGAAUUGUGGAGAGAACGUAGUGGGAGCACUUCUUCCGUCCGUAGUGCUGGCUUUUUGUCCUGUGAUGAACGCAGGCGAUCAUAUGCUACCAAGUCUUACUCUUUUGGUGAUCUUGGUCCAGCUUCUUCCAGUGAAUCAGAUACAGGGAAACAUAGAAAGUUUAAAAACAUUGAACGUUCACCACGGCUUCCUCCACCUCGACCACCUCCACCUAGGAAGUUAUCUCGCGCCGAACAAAUUGUUACAAACCCUCGAAACUUUUUGAAGGAAAGUUACCAACUUUAUCUCCCACAAAUUCUCUAAUCAACUUCUAAUCAGGAACAUCUACCGAAGUUAUAAAUAUAUUUUGCACUGCAUAGAGCUAAUACUUGCUCUCACAAAUAUAAACAUUUUACUCAACACAAGACAAAUAUACCUUUUUUUUUAAAAUCCACACACACACACACACACACACACACUAAACAAUUUAUUAAGUUUAUUUAAAAUUCUUUCAUGUUGUUUUCUUGAACAGCAAAUCAAACCCUAAUUGCUAUUGUGAUACUGAAUGUUACUAGAUGAUAUUGUGUUUCAUGUGUUACAUUAGUGAAAUCUUGAUUUGGUGGCUGUACAUAGAGUACAAUUGCCUACUUACUCAGGACCUCAAAAUCCAUGUUGUUGCAGGGAUUAGAGAAAAAUGUGUUAACUCUUAAACUGCAAUUUAUUUGUAAAUAGGUGUUAAUAUUACUUAAUUUUUUCUUUUUAAAUGGUUUAUUGUUAAUGUUGAUAAUAAGGGCAGCAAGUUUUUGGAAACAGUGGAGCAUCAGAGUAAAUAAAUGCCACACAGCAUUUAGCAUUGUCCCUCUGUGCUCUGGAUUAAACUUUUGUAUUAAUAAUAUAGCUUGGUUAAUUUAAUAUCUCCCAUAAAGGUGGUGAACACACAGAACUGUUAGGAAACCAGACAAAAUGCUUAACAGCAUUUCUUCUGGCUUAACGUUCUGAAUUUAAAUUCUACCAAGGUCAACUUUGCCUUUCAUCCUUUUGGAGUCAAUGAAAUAAGUACCAGUUAAGUCCUGGAGUUGAUGUAUUUGACUAAUCCCCUCUCCCAAAUUUCAGGCCUUGUGCCUUUUGUAGAAAGAAUUUGAUAUCUUCCAUACUACAGAAAUGGUCUUU